GCACGAAGCCCACUACAAAUUUCACCCCAAAAGAAACUUGGUCUCUCUCUUUUCUCUUCUUCUUUCUUCGUCUCCUCCGGUCGCGGCGGCUCUGCCGAUCUCCGGGGACCAUUUCUUUUCAGGGCUCAUUGAUCUCGACAAGCCGCGAAGUUUGUUUUAGAACGUUUUGUAGAUACAGAUUGUGAAGGUGGUUUCCAAGAAGAAGCAUUCUUUGUCUUACGACGUUUUGUAGGUGGAGAUUGUGGAAGUUGUGGAUUUCCUAUGGCUACUGGACCGGUUAAGUCUCAGCCUUUGCACAACUUCGCUCUGCCUUUUCUGAAAUGGGGUGGGAAGAACCAGACCAACAGCAAUCACCGCAUUCGUCGGGCAAUCGGCAGCGGCGGCGGUGACUCAUCGCAUGCCGUCGAUCAUUCCGAACCAGAGUCUGAAGCUGACUCUAAGCUUCAACUUCGAGGUGGAUCGCGCACCGCUCGGAACAGAUUGGCGUUUUCGCCAUGUUCACUGGGAGAUAAAUUUGCGAAGCAUUCUGAAGGUGAGGUUGGAGAUGAAGUUGUUAAGGAGCAGAAGCAGGAAGGGGAGGAGGCCGAGGGGGAGGAAAUAGUGCAGAAGCCUUGGAAUCUCAGGCCGCGGAAGGGGCCGUCGUUGAGAGGCUUUGGUGAUUUGAAGAAUGGAGGAGACUUUCAAGAACCGGACGGGGCAGUUUCAUCCGCUGCUGGUGCGUCUCAGCAAGGGGAGAAUCCGCAGCCGAAAUCGCUCCGGUUGCGGGGAUUUACAGAGUCGCAUAGGAUAGAGAAGAAGGAGAAAAGAAAGUUCUGGAUCGCUCUGUCGAGGGAUGAGAUUGAGGAAGAUAUAUUCAUCAUGACUGGAUCUAGACCUUCUCGGCGGCCGAAGAAGAGACCUAAGAAUGUUCAGAAGCAACUCGAUACUGUGUUUCCUGGACUGUGGUUGGUCGGAGUCACUGCGGACGCCUAUCGUCUCUCGGAUUCUCCAGCCAAGAGAUAGACACGAUCACGAUAAUUUAUUUAAUCUUCGAAGCUGGAAUAGUUUUCCUCGCCUGCAAUGAUUCGGACCUUUGUUGGAGGUAUACUGUUUUUACUUCUAGGAAGAAGAAACGAGGUUACGAUUCAUUGACCACAUUGGAAAUCCAAAUUGUCUAUGCUGUUGUUCCCCCUUGUGUAAUAAUCUCUAUGGUCCGUUGCAAGAGCAGGUUCUAAUGUUAGUCAUCUGACUCUGUAAUUUCAUUAUGUAACAUGAAAGUAAAGUAAAGUAGGUUGAAUUGAAUCUUAUUAUUACAAGGUUUUGUUAUUAAAGCCUUUUGUGAUAUAGUCUGGAAUUUUACUGCUCAUAUGAACAAUUCUUAUUAGUUGAUCAGUUAUAAUGUUUCACAGGCUUCCCUAGAUUGCUUGGGGGCAGAUUAUCAAGAGCUUGUUUUCUUUUGCAA